UACGCGCCGUGGCUGCCAGUGAACAUGGCGGAUGAGAACACAGAAGCGGAGCUCGACUGGAGCGGCCGAGCCAGCCUGCUGCUCGACGAAGACACGUUUUUCGCCAUGGAGGGUCUGCAAGCCACCCUUCAGCAGCUCGAGGCCGAGCUUCGGCAGCAAGACGUUUCCGAAGAAUCGUCCACAGUGUAUUGCAAUAACUUCUGCCAGGCUCUAAUGCACUAUGCUGGGAGCAGAAAUUCAUUGGAACAUGGAUUGCCUCUGUUGGAAGUCUACUGUCUGUCCAUAAACUGUUUCGCUGCUGCCAGGCCACAUCUCACAGCUGACUCCCCAAAUGUUACCCUUGUGCUCAAAAGACUUGCAUUGAGUUGCCUUGAAUUGUUGCUGUCAGUGCCUCAUAAUGAAAUACCGUAUGAAGCCUGGCUGCAGUUCCAUGGUUCAGUUCAGGCAGCCCAUGAGGCCAUGCUGCAGUAUGGCAGUACAGAUUUGCAGGCCCUGCUGAACAUCACAGGAGAGGGGGGAGCAUGGAAUAACCCUGUCCUGGUCUCGCUUCUUACCGGCCAGCCCACAGAACCUGAUGAGGUGAAUGCCUAUCUUGCUUUGGAGGGAGAUGGUUUCAUGGAAAUGAGGAUCAAACACCUGGAGAAAGUAGGGGAGGUAGAGAAGGCCCUGAUCCUCAACAAAGCCUGUGCUAACUGUAGCCUCCUGCCCAACCAGGCCACCUUUCGGCAAACCUUUGUCACCCAACUGUGCCAGCAACUCCCUAGUGAGGAAGCAAUAAUAGAGAUUUCUAGAAUAGAUGGGAAAGAUAUCCUGGACAUUAUUUGCAACAUGGACACUGAAGGAGAUGAGAACACUGCCUUGAUCUUGUGCACCACCUAUUUGACACAACAGCUACAACAGGAGAGCUUGUACUGCACCUGGGAGUUAACACUUCUUUGGAGCAAACUGCAGAAAAGAAUUGAUGAGUCCCUUGAAUCGUUUCUUGAACGCUGCCUGCAGUUUGGAGCCAUUGCCAAGACUAUCUACCCUCUUCUUUUCCUCAUUCGUGUAAUUCAGACAGAGACAAUGCACCUUGGCUUAGCAGUAUCGGUUGAACUGUGUGUGAAAGCUCUUCGGCUUCCAAAGCAAGAAGAUAUAGACUCUAAAACAAUGGUCUGCAAAAUGGUUGCCUGUCUCCUUCCUGAGGAUCUGGAGAUGAUACGGGCCUGCCAGCUCACAGAAUUCCUCUUAAGCCCUGCCCAGGAGGCCUUUGAUGUCCUUAAGGACCUCUACACACUUCCUGAUCAAAAAUACAAUGAGGAAAAUGCCAUUAUUCCAAAUUCCCUGCGCUGUGAACUGCUACUUGCUCUGAAAGCACACUGGCCCUUUGACCCUGAAUUUUGGGACUGGAAAACUUUGAAGCGGCACUGCAUGCGAUUACUGGGGCUAGAACCUGAGGAGGAGGUGGAGGAUGAAGCAGCACCUGAGGAGCUGUAUAAUUUAGGAGCAGUUUUGAAUGAAGCGGCAGAGGAGGAGGGAGAUAAGUGUGCAAUAAUCAAUGGAUUUAGCAGCAAUGAACAAGAGCAGACAGAGGAAAAAACAGAUACAACGAAGGAACAAAAAGUCUUGAAGAAAAAAGCACAAGGUCAGAAGUGUAAGUUUCUUUGCCAGAUAUGCCAUAAAGAAGUGGUUGAGUCACGAAUCAGUCACCACACCAAAAAACAUAUGGAGAAUGGUGUGUGGAGGUGCCCUAUAUGUCUACAAGAGUUCAAAAUUCGAAAGGAGUUUGUGGCACACUCUAAAAAGCACAUUAAGAUGCCUACAAAGGCCCGUCACUGGAAAAAGAAAAAAGUAAAGAAGAAGGUGGACCAGAAAAAAGAUUUUAAAGAGGAUGGUUUCGAUGACCUAGAGCCUGGUCAAAUUCCUUUAGACCCUUCCCUUGCCAUGUACUAUCAGUCCACCCAUGACCCUGUUGUAUUAGAACAUAUAUUAGAGCAAGCAGCUAGUGUGCCUAAAAACCAAGAAGAAAAUGAUUAUAUCACAUUUGACUACAUCAACACAUACUUAAAAUUACAGGAUCGUGAUGUUUACCAGUGUCCAGCCACUGGCUGCUCAAAGAAGUUUAAGCUUUUCAAGUACAUGGGUAUACACAUAAAAAAUGAGCAUGAUAAUGAUGACCCCAACUUGAAACAUUAUCUGGAGAUGAAAGAUCGCCGGGAGAAGUGCACUUUUUGCCGGAAAACCUUUAUGACUGGCUACCACAAUCGCAAGCACCGUCGGGCCCAUUACGGAGAUCGUCCUUUCAUGUGUUUGGUCACCGGAUGUGGAGCUAAUUUUAACACCACCAACGAACUCCUUGCACAUAAACAUAGUCAUGGGUAUCGUUUGUUCUACGGCUGCGAGUUGAAAGGCUGCAGUUUCUCAUACUGUGACCUUGGGCAGCUCUACCACCAUGAGGCACAGCACUUCCGCGAUGCUGCUUACACUUGCACCAGUUCAGGUUGCAAGCAAUUUUUCUACUCGCGCAAAGAAUUUCUAAAGCACUUGGCCACUCAUAACAUCACUUUUACAGAGGAAGACUUUGAGAGGCAGAGAAAAAUGAAAAGGAAACUUUUGCUCCCAAAUGUAAAAGAUGAUAUGGGCUCUGAGUCAAAGACAGAAUUAGAGAACGGUGUCCAAAAAAGUGGUUCAAGUUUAUCACCACAGCCCUCGGAAUGCAAAGAAUCCAAGGUUUCAUUGACCUGUGUUGCUGUCUGCUUUGAUGGCAAAAAAUUCACCUGUGGCCUAAAAAGGUGUGGAAGGACCUUCACUAACUCCAGAGAACUUCAUAAGCAUUUGAAAAUUGCCCAUGCAGAUGAAUUUAAUGAAGAGGAUCAAAUAUGCAAAAAAAAAGUACAAGCAAAGCAUUUGAAGAAUCAAGCCAUUGAAUUGCAUAAAAAUGGCCAGGGUAAUGGGUCAUCUACAGAGGAAUCUAUUCAAGAAAAGGCUGUCUCGCCUGCAGCUAGUUCUUUAGAUUGUGACACAACCCUUUCAGACACUGAACUCAGUGCAACACUAACUGAGAUAAUGCUUGGAUUAAGUCAACUAAGCCUUAUUACUCCUAGUGCCAGAUAUGUUAGGCGUAACUCACAGAGAACUGUUUCAGGAUCUAACACGCCACUGGUCACUUGCCUCUCUACCUUAAAUGCAAGAUCAUCUCCCAAAGCAACAUCAAACAACACAACUGAGCUGAGAACUCCUGUGGAAGGUAGAGAUUCAAUGAGAUCUGCCAAAGCAACCACAAACAACACAACUGAGCUGAGAACUCCUGUGAAAGGUAGUGAUUCAAAGAGACCUGCCAAAGCAACAACAAACAACAAAUCUGAGUUGAGAACUCCUGUGGAAGGUAGAGAUUCAAAAAGAUCUGCAAAAGCAACAACAAACCACAAAACUGAGCUGAGAACUCCUGUGGAAGGUAGUGGUUCAAAGAGACUGCCCAGCAAAACAGAAUCACCACACACACCUGAUAACAUCAAAGAAUCUGUGUUGAAGAAGGAUGAACCACAAAGUGAGAUACUUGUGCAGCCCCCAAUCAAGCCUUACACUUGUGAAGCAAAAAGCUGCCAAUACCAGAGUGUUACUAGCUUUUCUUUAAUCCAACACUAUAUAACAUUUCAUGGUUGCUCUUUGGAGGAGGUGAAUCAGAUGGAGUUGUUUCAAUCUCAAACACUGAAGCCUUUCAAAGCACUUGAUGAUAAUGUUAGAGAUUCUUUCUUUGAGAAGGAUCAACCACAAAAUGAUUUUCUUGUGCAGCCCACAACCAAGCCUUAUACCUGUGAAGCUGACAAUUGCCAUUACCAGAGUGUUACUAGUCGUGCUUUAAUGCAGCACUAUAUUAAGGUCCACCAUUACUCUGAGGAGCAGGUGAAACAAAUGGAGGUGUUUCGGUCUCAUACAUUCAGGCCCUUCCAGUGCCAUCUCUGCUCCAAGUGCUACAAAAAUAAAAAAGGGUUGAGGGUCCAUUAUCUACAGAUGCAUGACAUAACAAAAGCAGUUGUUGAACAGAUGAGUUGCUCUUUUAAAAAGAAGCUGGGUGAUGAGGCACCAUUGUUGUCCUCGUCCAAAAUAAAGAAGAGGAAGAAGUCACAGUCAUUGAAGAUGGAUGAGGUUAAAUCCCAAAGAGAUGUGCGCAAAUGGCAACCGAGAUGCCAAAAAAGAGAUAUAGGAAAACUAUAUAGGAAAAAUGACAAAGUCAAAGCUAAAGAGAAAAGGCAGAGCAGCAGCCUUUUAUCAUCACCACAGAAAGUCACUUCUGAAACUGAUGCUAAUGUAAAUCAUUCAAAGGAUGAUGGUAGGGGAAGCCACCGCUUGGUAGCAAAAGAAAACCUAAGCUACAUCCUCAGCAAAUACAACAAACACUUUCCCUGCACACACAAGAACUGCAAAGCUGCUUUCACCAAUCAGAAAAGCCUUGUUGGCCACCUUCAGUUUGUACACCACUCUAAUUGCUCACAGUUGUGUUUUCCAUGUGAACACAAUGGAUGCAAUAAGCAAUUUAACCACUAUUCAAAUCUUACUAGCCACUACCGCCGAGUGCACAACCUUACCAAAAAGGAAAUUCCCUCAAAAACAUCCUGCAAUGGUAAUUCAAAGAGCAUACCAAAAAGACAAACAGCCACAUUGGAAGAGCCCAUACCGAGAUAUAAAUGUACCUAUGCUAACUGUAAUGAAUCAUACCAUCUCAACAGCAGCCUCUUGCGGCACACAAGUCAAUUUCACUGGAACCAGCCUCCCCCAAAUCCAGUUGCCACAGCUGUGAACUGUGAGUUUAUCCCAAGCUAUAAAAAACAUGUGUUCUAUAGGCACUGUGAUCCAUCGGAUUCCCUUGUGGUGCGUCUUCAAAGUACACCUAAGAAAGAGUCAAAUAGUGGAUGCCAAACUAAGCUGAUCAUCUCACCCUCCCCUCAAUGCUCAAAAGACUCUAAAAAGCUAACUCUCAAGCAGUCUUUAAGAUGCUGCCGCAAAGGCCAGGAACUUGCUCAAUCUGAGAAGAACUUUGAGUUGAUUGAAGAAACCGCAGAAGAGCCAUGUCAAGUAUCUAUAAAACCAACAUCCAAAACAAGUGGAGGAUUUGACCUGAUUUUCUUCCGAACACAUGAGGAGGCUUUGCAGAUGUGCCAAGAUCGCUGUCUACCGAUGGCCUUUCCUUGUAUGAUACAGAACUGUGACUCUGUGGUCUCGUCUAAGCGUAGUUUGCAGCGACAUUACAUGAGGUGUCACAAAGUUCCACGCAAACUGUUGGAUGAUAAUAAGGAUAAGUUGUUUUACACUAUUGAAAAACUAGAGGAGAUUAUACAAAAGAAAUCUGCUGUUUCUGCAAUACCUGAGUUAACACAGAUUCCAAAUGGUGUCCUCAAAAUGGAGUAUCAAGCUGAGCCUUCGACCCCAGGUGGCCCGUCACUGCCAAUGAGCCUCCAUUCGAUCAAAACCGAUACAAAGGGGCAGGAGGUGGUCGAGUAUUCAGAGGAGCAACUCCCUGACAGCAAUUUGCUUAUUGCCGCAGAUGAUUCGCUCUAUGGGGAAUCAAGUGGGCAUCCUGAAGAGCCUAUUUCUGAGGAGAGUCAAAGCCACAAGGAGAGGUCCGAGUCAAGUGCACCUCCCCUUAUACGUCCUCCACCACUGGACCUCUCGCCACCCUCUACCCUCAGAAUAGCCGUUGAAGAAAGUUCAUUUGAACCCUCUAGUAAAGACAGUUAUAGUAAAUCCAUUAACAUUCCUUCCUCUGAUUCCAUAUCAGUUCCGACCCAAACCCAGGAGCCUCUCCGAUGGAAGAAUGAACUCUCUGAAGCACCUACCCUGGUCCCUCAUUCACCAAUCUCAAUGGAUCCCCGAACUCUCAAUCUAGCCCCACGAGCUUUUGACAUUACAACUUACAAACCAGUUGGCUUUGAGUCUUCAUUCUUGUCAUUUAUUAAGGAGAAGGAAGAAAAGGUAAAUUAUGACAAGCGGUGGACUGCAGCAGUUCCUAAUCCCUGCCUCAAGCCAAAUCUACCUCGCCAGAGAGAUUGUUUACGACGGAACUGCUCAGUCAAGGAGAACAAUGAGAGAGGAGCCACAAUCUCUCAAAGCCGCAGGUCUCUAUCAUCACCUCUGAGACAUUUGAUCUCAGAAGGGGAGUGUACCUCGAUCCAGAAUCUCCGACUCAUUUUGGAGAGGGCUUUGAGGGGCUUUGGCGACCAAGCUAUAAAACAGCUGCAGUUCUUGAAACCUGUGGUGGUUCUAGAGAGGCCCAAGUCCUCUGCCUCCAUUCUUGAUCUGUUACCCUCUGAAACAAAAGCUUAAGCUGCUACUUGACACUAGGGCAGUUAAAACUCUUGCCCACCUUUUUUAUUUGAAAGACUUUCAUAGUAUUUUUAUAUCACGGUUACAUUUUUGGUUCUUUUGUGUCAAAGUUAGGUACCUUGUUUAAUUUGUGAAUGUUUAUAUGUGUAUAUAAGUGUAAAUGGGAAAAAACAAAAGAAAUUUU